ACAGGACCUCAAUCUUUUUGGAAACGGUGAGGUGUGUUAUUCUGAACGCAGCAUGUGGCUCACACUGGUGGCCCUCCUGGCUCUAUGUGCCACUGGGAGAACAGCUGAAAAUCUUUCAGAAAGCACCACUGACCAGGACAAGCUUGUUAUAGCCAGAGGAAAGCUGGUGGCUCCCAGUGUAGUAGGAUGAUCCAUAAAGAAGAUGCCAGAGCUCUACAAUUUCCUGAUGGAGCGAUGGGCAUUAUAUCAUAACCUGGAGUAUGAUUCAGGGGAGGAUAAAAACCCGCGCCUCAUCUUCUACAACGACAAGGAUGAGGAAGUCAAGGUUGUUCCUGUGAAAAAGAUGAAAGCAGAUGAGAUCAGCAGUUUGCUGGAUUCUCUGGGUUUCUACAAGAGGUCAGAGAAAGGCGAGGAGGUCCCGGAGGAGUUCAAACAUUUCCCCCUCAGAGCGCCCCGGGACGAGCUGUGACACCCGCCGGUCAGCGCUGGUACUGCAGCCUCCAGCUGGUUAUGACGUCCAGAUUCUCAAAGCCGCAGACACGGACAGACUCUGGACUGAAACACACACAAACACACGGCUGGAGGCGGGUUCAGCCCAAAACUGCCCUAAUCACAGAUAUUUUACAAUAAACUUCGAUUUCU